AUUUUGUGCAAAAUUCAUUUAUCUGUAGAAUAGGAUCAAACAAAAUAACAACCGAAGGAGGGAAAUGCCUUGCUAAUGCCAUAAAGAAGAAUAAAGCUUUCUAUGACAUUGGAAUGUGGGGUAAUCGGAUUGGAGAUGAAGGAGCCAAGGCUUUUGCAGAAGCCCUGAGGAAUCACCCAACACUAAGGAACAUUAGUCUUGCAUUUAAUGGCAUCACCACAGAAGGUGGCAAAAGCCUUGCAGAAGCUAUGAAACAGAACAGCUCUGUGAACAUAUUUUGGCUAACAAAGAAUGAGUUAGAUGAUGAAGCAGCCGAGUACUUUGCUGAAAUGGUGAAGGUCAACAAGAGAUUGGGCCAUCUGUGGCUUAUCCAGAAUCAGAUUACUGUCAGAGGAGCCAAGUGCCUAGCUGAUGCUCUCCAGGACAAUACCACUCUUAAAGAAAUAUGCUUAAACGGAAACCCAAUAACCCAAGAGGAGAUUAAAGGAUUUGAAAAUGAAGAGAGACUUCGCUUUUGAGAAACGUCUUUUUCAGGUGGACAGUUGCCAGAAUGCCAAGACUAUUUUAGCAGGGGCAGAAGCCGGAACAACUCCCAAUUCCUGACUCUGUUGUGUGCUUGGGAACUCUUCAGCAGGCAAAGGUAAUGUAAAAUUUGGAGUUCAGGCAGUCAGUUUGUAUGAGCCAUAAGCAUCACCUCUGACUUAAGUUUUGGACUUUUUGCUUGGAUCUCAAUUUUUGUACCGUAUGUGCCUGAUGGAAUGUUCUGGAGAACUCAAAAAGCUUGUCUUCUUUUGUAACCUUUUUGUGAUCCUGUAAAGGUAUGGAUUUCCUGUAAAGGAAAGGAUUGCACAGCUGCUUUUUGUAUCUGCAACUGGGAAUAAAAAAUCUACUGCAAGAAUUAGUCAUAGAUUAUCAAAAUUUGCUCAGAGAUGUCCCAGUAGAUCAUGAACUUCAUUUUGCCCAAAUCACCAAAACUGUCUUCUAUAAACUCAGGUCAUUGUUCCAUUUAGAUCAGUAUUGUCUGUUAUUGUUACUUGCAGCAGCUCUCCAGAUUUUCCGUGGAGUGUCUUUCCUCCUCUCACUAGCCCUAUCUAGAGAUGAAUCCAGGAGAGAAUCUGCUUGCAAGGCAGACUGACACUGGCUGUAAUGCUGAAUCAAUAAUCCCAUUUCUCUGAUUCUUUUUUAUUAUCUGCAUAGAUGUAAAUACCUUUUACAUUUAUUUAUGGACAAGCCAGAUUACAUUUUACGGGUGCAUGAAGAACAUUCGCAUCUGUUUUCUAUUUCUCAUUGCACUUCCAUCUGCAGUGAUAACCUUUUCUCAACAUAUACAAAAGGGUUGUAUCAACAUUGGCUCCUUUGUACGGCAUUGCCAAUGUUUGCAUGAAAAAGAGACAAAGUCUGAACCAUGGGAUGUGGGAAUUUGAGAGUGCAGAAACAGCUAGGGCAACUGCUGUUUGAAAACUGGUUUGAACGAUCGGAGGAAGAGAGCGUAACCAACACAAACAUUCUGUUGUCUCUGUGAAGCAAGUUCUGUGUGCCUGGCAUUAAUUAUCACCCAAACGGUUGCCUUCAGUUGGAAACAGGAAGUGAGGAUUCAGUCGUUUUUAUUUUCAGAGGUUGGGACCGUUUCAUCUCUAUUAAUGUUGCCAUUGUGGAAAUGGUUUUGAUGGACCGAUAUCUCAAACUGUUGCUUUUUCGGAGGUCAUCAGCUUAAUAUGCUUCAUUCUCUCCCCCUGUCCACGUACACUGACCCAUUCUUAGUUAGUUCCUUUUAUCCACAGAAAAUGUGUUCCAUUUUAUCUGUAUGCUUAGAUGCCUCUUUUAGUUUCUAAGUACCUAGCAAAAACUAAACCUAGCUAUUUUGCCUUUCUUACUCAAGGUCUCCCUUACUUUCAUCUCUGAAUAUCUAAUUUUUAUUAAGAACAAGUUCAUGUAGAUAGAGAUGGAACAGGAGCUGUCUACAGUUCUAGGAGCCAAACGUAUUUAUGUGCUAAAUGCCUAGCUCUAAAUGGUAUGUGACAAAUGAGAAAUAAAACUAAAAUGCAUAAGAGAGAAAGGCCAUAUGUAUCCUUUUGAGAGAAUCAAGUCAUUAGAGUGGACUUUAACAAUAAUCUUGUUGCUUCUGUGUUUUGGAUCUCUGGCUCUUUGCCCAAGUGAGCCACCUGUUUGGUUAAGAGCAAUAUGGCAUGUGUGCCCAUCCGACCUGUUAUACCUGUUCUGAUUCCCACAGGCUAGAUGUGGGCAUUGCAACAUUCUGACAAGAAGAGCAACUCGUGGAAUUUCUUCCUGUGCUCUGAGGUUUAAGAACAGAGAUGACCGAAGGCAGAAGAGACAACCAUUUAGGACUUCAAUUUCCAAAAGUCUCAGCCAGCACAACCUGUGGCGAGGGGUUGUGGGAAUUGUAGUCCCAAAAAAUUUCUGGAGAAUCCAACUUUUCUCAGCCCUAUUAUAAAUACAGGAUUGGGGAACUGGUGUGCUUUGACAUAUUGUUGGAGGACAACUCCAGCCAUCCUUAAUCAUUGCUGUCAGAGCUGAUGAAUGUUGUAUUCAAGCAAUGGCUAUAGGGCCAUAUCCAUUUAUUAAAUUCCCUGUUAUGCUGCUGUGGAAUAGGGAAGGCUUCUUAGUUGAGCACAUGUUUGUAGGAUCAUUACCUAAUUAAGAAGGUUUGAGUUGCCAGGGAUGUGAAAGACCCCCUCCUGCCAGAAAACCUGGAGAGUCACUGGCAAAAUACCAGCUUUCCCCACCCAGUCUGGUGCACUUCAAAAGGUUUAGACUGGCCAUGCACCUAAGCUCACAAAGUAUCUCUACCUCAUUUUUCUAUGUAUUCUGAAAACCUAUUCAAAUUAAAAGUUUCCAACUUUA